AGAAAAGAGCGUAUAAAGAAGGCUUUGACAUGAAUUGGACUAAUACGAUUCGCCCACCGACGAAAUAAGAGCCGGAAUCAUGAGGAAAUAUCAGAUUUACGUGAUUUGUUUUGUUGUUUUGGCUUUUGCCGCUGCCACAGCUACAAGAGUUUGCAGCAACAGAAAUAUCUUGUGCUCUGUGGUUAGAUCAACUAGUUGUUCAAAGAAAAUCGUUUCCAGUCAUUGCCCAAGGCUUUGCAACACAUGUGGAGCAAAAUGUCGAAACAUAAAGGCGUCAAUGCGCGUUGAUUGUGGCUACCAUGGAAUUAGUCCGUUGGAUUGCUUGAGAAAGGGAUGUUGUUAUGGCGAAUUAAAGGUGGCUGGCCCGUGGUGUUAUCAUCGAAAAGCAAACUGUCCCAUGAUUGAAGCAAACAAACGUGAAGAUUGUGGUUACCCUGGGAUAAGCAAAUCAGAUUGCGUCAAAAAAGGAUGCUGUUACAACGCGAUCAAGGAAAAGGGACCGUGGUGUUAUUACAGGCAAGAAAAAUGCCGGAAAAUAGCAGCAACAAGACGUCAUGAUUGUGGUUAUCCAGGCAUAACGAAGCGGGCAUGCGAGAAGAAAGGCUGUUGUUAUAGUGAAUUGCUAAACCAAAGUGGACCGUGGUGCUACCACCGCCUAGGUAAGCAUAGAAGUACGCUCUCCACAUUCGUCGCAAAAUAACAUAAUGCGCGAUCCUUAAAGUUUUUACUGCUGGUUUGUGUUGAAUUUUCGUUAGAAAAAUGUCUGCGCAAAGCAACAGAACGUGACGACUGCGGCUAUCCUGGUAUAACAGAAUUUGAAUGCAUGAAAAGAGGUUGCUGCUAUAAUUCAUUGCCCGGUCGUGGGCCAUGGUGUUAUUACCGAUGAGGUAAAAGUCGCGAACACUUUUGUAAGCAAGUCAUUUCGGGCCACGAGCUUAAUAUGUACUUCCUUUCGUUUAGAUACGAGGACCUUCGGAAGAUUAUAUGCGAACUUUAGUGUACUCAUUGUUGUAAAAAUAUGUUGUCAAAUAAAUACCUCUAAUAUA